UAUUAUUCUUCCAUUAUUAUUCCCUUAUCAUCCCCGAAUGUAUGAGACUGUAACGAAUUCUUCUCGUUUGAGAGUUCAGCUUGUGGCCAAAUCCACCUCAGAUGGAGUCCUCAACAAGUUUUUCGAUGCCACUGAAUUUGACUUUGAUUACGAGCAAAGUGGGAUAUGGUCACCCCCUAUUAAACGCAGCGCCUUCGUCAGCUCACCAAAUACUAUUUUCACUAAUCAAAUGCUUGACAAGCUUAGAACCAUCGUUGAAGCUCGUAAUGGUAGUAGAAGACAUAGAAUUUUUCUCAAGAGCCUUCUGGUGUUAUUAAAGGAUAAAACUCAUCAGCUUUAUAGAUCGAAAGUCGUAAAGAAAAUGAGAACAAAACCAGAGAAUACGCAAGUAAAACAGAUUUAGAUAAUAUAUAUAUGCCUUUUUUUUUUCUUUUUUUGAUUUUUCUCAAAUGUCAUCUUUCAUUUAGCAUAAUACAUCUCUUUGUACAUCUAUAUAUUUUUCUCAUAGGAUUAUAUAAUCAAAACACGCAUAUUUGCAUAAACCAA